AUGAAAAACGAGAACGGUAAAAGAGUCAGAGCCGAGUCACCAGUGAGGUCGGAGGAGUCGGUGGUUGCUGGUCGGAGGUGUCGAGGAAGAUCAAUAUCUAGUGACGCGUCAUCAUCCAUUACCUCGUGUCUGUCGACGACGGAGGAAAGGAAGGAGGAGGUUGCAUCGUCGUGGGUUGAUGAUGAUGAGGAAUCGCCGGAGAUGGUGGCGAUUGGAUGUCGAAGGUGUUAUAUGUAUUAUUUGAUCUUAAUAGAAAGGACACGUUGCCCUAAGUGCAACUCCAAAGAUUUGAUCCGUUUUUAG